AUUAAGGUGCGUGUGAAUAAAAUACGUACAUCUCCAGUAAGUCACGAGAAGAACUACGAAACACCACAUUCAGACGAUUCUCAAGAUGAUGAUUUUGGUGGCAGCGUUGUGUAUGUGUUUGGGGCUCGUGUCAGGAGCUGGUAGGCCUGAACCCCCUUCCUGUGGUUAUGGAUGUAUGAAUGGUGGCAUGUGCGAUUGGACCGGAAAUAGCGAGGAUUACAACUGUGUCUGUCAAGAUGGUUAUACCGGCAGAUUCUGUGAAAUGCAAAUCUGUUCUGAUGAGGGGAGCUGUUCAAAUAACGGUAACUGCGAAGAUGAUGGUUAUGGUAAUAUGUUUUGCAAUUGCAACGCUGAAUAUGCUGGAUUUUAUUGUGAAACUCAAAUUUCGUGUAUUGCGCCGGCGGAAGAAUGCGUUAAUGGCGGUUACUGCAUGAGCGACAGCUAUGGUGAACACUGUCAAUGUCCAGACGGAUACACUGGAGUCAAAUGCGAAAAAGUUAUAUCGCCGUGUACCAGUUGUUUAGUGAAUGUUACGUGUGAUGUCGAGCCUUGCGAGUGCCAGGGAUGGGAUUGUCAAGAUCCAGGGCAAAUGUAUCACACUACCUGCGUUCAAUGUGAAGGUACCGAAUACGACGAGUGUAAUUAUAAUCCUUGGAACAGUCCUACCAUGAUGUGUGAAGAGGGUUGCAUGAGCAAAAGAUCUCGUACCGGUGACGGAAUGUGGGUUGAACGUGGUUGUGCCAAUGAUGAAUGUUGGAAUGGUUGCGACGAACACGGUAUGGGACCGUGUGUUUCCUGUUGCUAUGAUGAUUACUGCAACGCCUACGACGCCGAUAUUAGUGCAGGAAGAAGUCUACUUGGCAUCAGCAUGGUUGGUGCAUCCAUGGCGUGUAUACUGGCCAUCAUCGUCGCCUAGUUACGACACCACCGGUAUCACGUGACGUGACGUGAAAUUGAAAGCAACUUACGUUUUCCCCGAAGAUUUUUGAUUCAUUUGCACGCGUCUAUGUUCUUUUGUUCCUCAUGCUGAUUUUCCAUAUUAUAUAUAUAUAUAUAUAUAUAUAUAUAUAUAUAUAUAUAUAUAUAUAUAUAUAUAUAUAUAUGAUUAAUUCUUACUUUAGUGUAAAACCUUAUUGUAAGUCACUACUCAAGAGAGAGAAAUCUUCACUUUUCGUUAUUUUUUUCUUUUAUUUCAAAUAUGUUAAACAAUUUUGAGUACACGUGUAAAGGCCUGAUAUCAUAUCAUCCAGUUUGGCGGCAGUUAGUACUUAACUACACUUUGAUAUGUUUUUCACGAGAUUUGAAGAUAUAGACUGUGACUAUUCAAGGUUCCCUAGUGGACGAAGACCGCCAAAAAUGAUUUUUUUUUGUAGCGUGUCAACAAAGCCGAUAAUAAACUAUAUAGAAGCAACUUCAAUGAGACUAUGGUCACCAACCCUAUUGAGUCACCGCACUUAGCAAAUAUAAUCGUCGCAAAUGUACAUACGCGAAAUUAGUAAACCUUAUAUUUCUGUGUUUAAAUAUGUAUAAUACAUCUUAAUGUGUGACGUCAUAUGUAUGACUGUGACGUCAAGGCAAGGAGGUGAAUUUACAGGUACUAGUACUUCGUUACAGGACACGUUCUCGUCGUCAGUAUUUACUGUACUUGAAUUUGUGUUUGCCAAAAUAAAAGGUUUAUUAAUUGA